AUGCUCCAGCUCCUCAUGAGAGGAUUGUCACAACCAGUCAUGGACCGUCUCUGGAUCCUGAGCUGCACUCUGUGUGUCCUCCUGAGCUGGAUGCAUGUGGAUCAAGCAGUGGCUGAACCCCAGUACCUGGUGGCCAUUCCUGCAGUUAUUGAAGCUGGAGCUGAGGCCAAAUUCUGUGCAACUCUCCGACAGCCCAGUGGGACUCUGGUCAUGACUGUCACUUUGAAGUCCCGAGAGAAGAACACGACCUUAUUCACACAUACGUCAAAUGAAGCAUUUCAAACCUGUGUUCAGUUUAAGGCUCCUUUGGUACAAAAGGAGGUGCAAGACUUUCAGGUGGAGGUACGAGGAGACACAUUUUACUCCAAACAAGUCAGAAAAGUGAUGAUCCGAGCGUCUGAUACCUUCACAUUCAUCCAAACAGACAAACCCAUCUACCUCCCUGGACAAAAAGUGAAUUUCAGAGUCGUUGCCAUGGAUAAUAAGAUGCGACCGGCCAAUCAGCUGUAUGAUGUCAUUGAACUUCAGGAUCCUAAUAGGAACAGGAUUGGACAGUGGCUAAAUGAAACAUCCAAUAGCAGAAUACUGCAGCUUUCUUACUCCUUGGACACUGAGGCCCGUGAGGGACCGUACCAGAUCAUUGUGUCAGUGGGUGAGAGGAAUAUAUCUCACAACUUCAAAGUGGAGAAAUAUGUUUUCCCCAAAUAUGAUGUGACACUAAAUAUAUCUGAAGAAGUGCUUAUUGGGCAGGAAGACAUUGAAGCUGAAGUGUGUGCAAAGUACACGUAUGGACAGCCUGUACCAGGACGUGUUACAGUUAAUGUGUGCCGACCUAUUAAUAGGUAUAGCAGUUUUAGUAUAUCGCUGUACGAUUACGAUCUUUUGGCCCUAUGGCAGAUGGGUGGCUCCUGCCACACAGAGACAAAGCAGCUGGCAGAGGACGACGAGCGGCAGGUGUGGCUGUCUCAGGAGCAGAAACACUUCCGGGUUCUCAGUCUCCUCAGCAAACCCACACCUCCGGAAGCUCACAGGGAGACACAUGGAGAAACGGAGAUCUUCCAGGUGUUGUCCAGAGGAGCUGUCAUCAUGCAAGGACAAACACAGGUUCAAGUGCAAGAUAGAUCGGUGACUGAGGGCCAGGUGUCCUUUAAAGUCAGAGUGUCUCCUGAGAUGGCUCCAGAGUUCCAGCUUGUGGCUUAUGCUGUCCUGCCAAGUGAGGAUGUUAUUGCCCACAGUGCCAACUUCUCUACUGACAAAUGCUUCAGCAACAAGGUGUCAGUGGAGUUUUCACCGUCUUCAGCCGUCCCAGGUGAAGAGACCAACAUGCAGGUGACGGCCCUGCCACGUUCUCUGUGUGGUGUGAGCGCCAUCGACAAGAGCGUUCUCAUCAAGGAGCCUGGGAAGACUCUGGAUGCAGAUAAGAUAUUUGACUUGCUUCCACUCAAGAAAUCCUCAGGUAUCCCAUAUGAGGUUCGAGAUGCUGAAGAAUGCCUUAAUGUGAGACCAAAAAGAUAUGUUUUGCCGUACCCCGGUCAAGAGCAAAAUGACGCCUAUGCAGUUUUCCAGAAAGUCGGACUGAAGAUGGCGACAAACUUGAUUUUUCGAUUGCCUUCAUGCCUCAAGUUCAAAGGAAAAUUUUACCAUGAUGGCCAUUCAGCUAUUGUUCUGGGCUACAGUCCCCCAGUUAGAGAUCCCAUACGUGGACUAAGUAGUCUUGAUCUGGGAUCUGCUGGGCAGCUUCCUCCACCAAUAGAGACAGCUCGCUCUUUCUUCCCUGAGACUUGGAUCUGGGAUCUGGUGGAAGUUGGGCCGCGUCCUUUAGAGGACCCGGCCUUCCCGGUCUACGUGGGCCGGGUCUUUAGAAGGUCGGGGGCUGUGAAUGUGACUGUGUCUGCUGAGGCCGUAGCGUCCCAUGUGUCAUGUGAUAAUGAGGUUGUGAGCGUACCAGACAGAGGUCGCAUCGACGUUGUCACCAAAUCUCUCAUAGUGAAGGCCGAGGGAACAGAGAUGACAAAGACGUACAACUGGCUUCUUUGUCCAAAAGGAAACACACUGAUAGAGGAAGCAGAGAUACAUCUGCCUGAGAAUGUGAUUGAAGGAUCUGCCCGCACUUCUGUAUCAGUCCUGGGUGACAUCCUCGGCCGGGCUCUGAAGAACCUGGAUGGAUUGCUGCAGAUGCCGCAUGGAUGUGGGGAGCAGAACAUGGCUCUCCUGGCCCCCAACAUCUACAUCCUCCACUACCUGAAAGGCACACAGCAGCUCACCACAGCCAUCAUGGAAAAAGCUACUAACUUCCUCACCAGUGGAUACCAAAGACAGCUCAACUACAAAAGUGACGACGGUGCUUACACCACAUUUGGAACAGGACCAGGAAACACUUGGCUGACUGCGUUUGUGGUAAGAAGUUUUGCCAAAGCUCAGUCUUUCAUCUAUAUUGAUCCCAGAACGAUCGAAGAGUCUAAGACCUGGCUGGAACAUAAACAACAAGAAACUGGUUGUUUUGAAAAGUCUGGGAAACUCUUCAACAACAGAAUGAAGGGUGGUGUAUCUGAUGAAGUGACUCUCAGUGCGUACGUUACUGCUGCCUUCUUGGAAAUUAAUACAUCCCAACAUGAUCCUGUGAUGAAAAAGAGCCUGGCUUGUCUCAAGCAGUCUAUCAGUGACCUGAGCAACACCUACACUACAGCUCUGCUGGCCUAUGUGUUCACUCUGGCAGGAGACAUGGAGACCCGCGCUCACCUUCUGCAGCACUUAGACAGAGUUGCAGUGAGGGAAGGAGGUUUCCUCUACUGGUCUCAGACAGCAGCAGAAAAAUCAGCCUCCCUGUCAGUGGAGAUCAGUUCUUAUGUGCUGUUGGCCAAACUCAGCGUCUCCCCGACUGCUGAGGAUCUGGCAUAUGCCUCUGGUAUUAUGAGGUGGCUGACUGGGCAGCAGAACUAUUACGGAGGCUUCUCCUCCACUCAGGACACAGUGGUGGCUCUUCAGGCUCUGGCUCUCUACUCCACUCUGGUGUUCAGUCCUGAAGGUUGGAGCACAGUGACAGUUCAGGCUCCCAGCAGUCAGCUGACAUUUGAUGUCAAUCAGGGCAACAAACUGCUCUACCAGGAGGAGGCGCUGCAGGAUGUGUCAGGAAAAUACAGGCUGGAGGUGAAGGGCACUGCAUGUGCUUCAGUGCAGAUUUCUGUCCACUACAACAUCCCGACACCUACUGAUGUCACCACUCUCAGUGUGAAAGUACAACUAGAGGUCAACACCACCAGUGAAUCUGCUAGACCCAAAUUCAGUCUGAAAAUACAAUCGCUGUACAGUGGAAAGGAGAAAACUACAAACAUGGUGAUCCUGGACAUCAAAAUGCUCUCUGGAUUUUCCCCAGACCCCGAGUCUUUGAGGAGUCUCAAACAUGGUCUCCUGGUGAGUCGUGUUGAACAGAAGGAAGAUCAUGUUCUGGUGUACUUAGAGGAGUUAUCAAAGGACACACCCAUCAACCACAGCUUAGAGAUCACCCAGGAGCUCCCAGUGGACAACCUGAAGCCAGCCAUGGUCAAGCUCUAUGACUACUACCAACCAAGUGACCAGGCUGAGACCCAAUACAUUUUUACAUGUUCGCACUACGGAAAAUUUGGUCGCAUUUGA